UUUUUUAUUUUCUUUUUCUUUCUUGUAUGCAAAGACCUAUUUUGAUGGAUAUUUUUGAACCUCCACCACAGUGGAUGUAUAGUCAACCAUCUUCACUUUCAGAUAUUGCCUAUCAAGAUUUAAACAGCCUGUCUACACAUGAAGAUGUUUAUGAUGAUGUGAUGGAUAUACCCAAAAGAUAUCAAUCUGAUAAUAAUAGUUUAACUACUUCUAUUUAUACAGCCGAAGAAGAAGAGGAAGAGAAUACAAGACAUGGUCAUUUACCUUCUAUAGAGACACAACAAGAAGAUAUGAUUGAAUCUAUCCAUACAAAAAUGAAAGACCUGAAUAUACAACAUACACUAUCAUGGGAAGACUACAGGCCACAGUAUAAAAUACUGAAUGCAUCUUAUGAUGAUAUGAAACUCGAUAUCUAUAGUGAUAUUUAUGUUACUUUAAAAAAGAUGCAAGCAUUAGACCAAAAGUUCAAUUUGAUCAAAGCAGGGUUUUAUUUUAAUAUGGAGAAAGAAUAUGAAGCCAUGUCUAUGCGUCUUUUAUCUCAAUGUGAAGAACUAAGUCAACAAAAAGAAUACCAAUCCAAACAUACCAGUCAAAGUAAGAAAGAUAUAUAUGUGUGGAAUGGUGGAUUGAUGUCUUGUUAGAUCAAGAUACUCAGUUGAAAGAAAACCAUGAAAAAGUAAAACUGAAUGUAGGUGGAAGUCUAUUUGAGACAUCGCUUGGUACACUGCGA